GACCUGUCUCCUCAGGACCCGGCGCGUUGGGGCGGAGCUCUUCACUCGGCUGCCGGGGGUCUCUGCGAAGCCGGCGCCGGGUGCGCAGCCUGCAGUGCGUCCCGCCCCGAGGGGCGGGGUGUGACCCGAGAGUUGAGAUAAGAGGCGCCUGCUGUGGUGAGCGCACCGCCAUCCGCGGAGCUUCCUUGACGGCCCAGCCUCUCUGGCGGAGCCGCGCCUGGGGCGGCCGGGGGGCUUCUCUGCACGCAGACGCCGUGGCCCCAGCCCUCCCGCAGCCUCCGCUCUGGCUCGCCGCGCCUCCCGCCAUGAGGCCGCUGUUCUACCGCUGCUGCAACACCACGUCGGUGGAGAAGGGAAACUCAGCGACGAUGGGCGGGUUGCUCUUCAGCACGGGCCUCCUGGGCAACCUGCUAGCCCUGGGGCUGCUGGCGCGCUCAGGGCUGCGGACGUGCCCGCGGCGCUCGCCGCGCCCGCCGCCCUCCGUCUUCUACGUGCUGGUGUGCGGCUUGACGGUCACCGACCUGCUGGGCAAGUCCCUCGUGAGCCCCUUCGUGCUGUCCGCCUACGCGCAGAACCGGAGCCUGAGGGGCCUGGCGCCCGCAUCCGGCAGCUCGCUGUGCCAAACCUUCGCCUUCUUCAUGUCCUUCUUCGGGCUUGCCUCGACGCUGCAGCUGCUGGCCAUGGCCCUGGAGUGCUGGCUCUCCCUGGGGCAUCCCUUUUUCUACCGACGGUACAUAACCCCGCGCCGGGGCGCACUGGUGGCGCCUGUCGUGGGCGCCUUCUGCCUCGCUUUCUGCUCGCUGCCCUUCGCGGGCUUCGGGAAGUUCGUGCAGUACUGCCCCGGCACCUGGUGCUUCAUCCAAAUGGUCCACGAGGAGCGCUCGCUGUCAGUGCUGAGCUACUCAGUGCUCUACGCCAGCCUCAUGCUCCUGCUGGUCCUCGCGGUCGUGCUGUGCAACCUGAGCGCCAUGCGCAACCUCUACGCGAUGCACCUGCGGCUGCGGCGGCUCCCGCGCUCUGGCCCCAAGGAACGAGCAGAGCUGGCCGCCGGCGAGAGGGAAGAGACCCCGCAGCCCCUGGAGGAGCUGGAUCACCUCCUGCUGUUAGCCCUCAUGACUGUGCUCUUCACCAUGUGCUCCCUGCCUUUAAUUUAUCGUGCUUACUACGGAGCGUUUAAAGCUGUUCACGAGAAAAAUGGAACUGCUGAAGAAAUUGAAGACCUCCGAGCCUUACGCUUCCUCUCUGUGAUCUCCAUUGUGGACCCUUGGAUUUUCAUCAUUUUCAGAACAUCGGUAUUUCGGAUGUUUUUUCACAAGAUUUUCAUAAGGCCUCUUAUGUAUAGAAACUGGCAUGGCAAUUCUUGCGGAACUAGCAUGGAAUCCAGGCUGUGACGGUGUGUUAACCUCUCUGUGCGAGCUGGACCCAGAAACUUGCUCCUAAGGAGUGGAAUACAGCAAAAAACAACUGGCACGUUACACUCCAGCUUUGGUAACAGAAAAGACUGUGGCUUUUGCCUCACGUGCUUGCUCUGAUGGAAACCAGCUGCCAUGCUGUGAGAGGCUCACAUGGGCAAAAAACUGAGGGAGAUCCCUAGCCAACAGCCUGUCCAGAGCUGGAGGCCUCAGUGCAACAACCCAUGAGGAACUGAAUCCUCCUACAGCCGCAUGAACCUUCUUGGAAGUGGAAACUUCCGAAUCCAGCCUUGAGAUGGCUGCAGCCCCCGCCAACGCCUCUGCUGCGACCUUGAGAGAGACCCAGAGGACCCAGCUGAGCGGCGCUCAAAAUCACUCAGAAAC